AGACAACAGCUCAAAGUCCACGGCGCAGCCAUUUCGCAGGUUCUCUCGUUCACCUACUCCGAGUUUCUAUCCUAAUGGCACCCCAACCUACACCCGAGCAAAGCUUCAGAGCAAACCUUUCUCAAUUCCGAUGGGCUCGAGGAAACAACGACGAUUCGCAAGCAGCAACCGCUGAACCAUCAUCGAACCCGUUCUCGCGCUUCUACAACACUGUUGGUGGCGGAUAUAUACCUCUAAGGAGUAGUGAACGGUCGAAUGAGGAUGAGGCUUUCUUUGCGUUGUCGAGAUGGGAGAGACUUCUAGGGUUCGGUGCUUGCUUGCUCGGAGCAGCAGUCUGCUUCUUCGUCGCGUUCUUGACGCUACCACUACUAGCGAUAAAGCCAGCUAAGUUUGCACUGGCAUUCAGCCUGGGAAGCUUACUGGUUAUGUUUGGGUUCUCGGUGCUAAUAGGGCCAAUCAACCACAUAAAGCACCUCGUAUCCACAGAACGACUCCCGUUCUCGCUGAUAUACCUAGGCAGUUUAGGCCUCACAUUAUAUUUCUCCCUCGGGGCACAUUCGUAUAUAGGCUCGCUCAUAGGUGCAAUAGUCCAGGUGAUUGCACUAGUGUCCUACGUGCUGGCUUAUUUCCCGGGCGGUUCCCAAACGCUCCGAUUCGGCUCCUCAAUGGCACUUCGCGGAGCAGGCAGUUUACUUCCAAUCUGACUCUACACGCUGACACUCUGCCUCCACGUGUGGCAGCGAAGCUUCGAGGGAGGUUUCAUUUGUACGAUUCGCAGCUGUCAUGCAUGCAUGGUAUACACACGUUAUUUAUUAUCAUGACCCUUGUGAUCGACUUCCCUGAUGUGAUUUCAGCAUGACAGUUC